UCUUGCGCUUCCUCAAGCCUCGCCCUCAAUCGGUGAACAAAAUCCCCGCUUUUGUUUUCCACGAGCCUCGUCGUCCCACUCCGGAUGAAAGAGAAGCGGGCGGGAGUUCCCUUUGGCGCUAUUCAGGGCCCUCACUGACAGAUGGCUUUUAAAAAAAUAAUAAAGUAAGCUUUUCUUAAAAGCAUGCCGUUAGAAAUCUGUUCAACAACCCUGACAGGUAGGUUUGUAUGGAAACGGCUGGCCGAAAGCCAUAGGAGAGAGCUAUUUUGGGGAGCUGACUGUAGGGUGCCCUCGUUUUGCCUUUGCUAUCUAUUUAUGCGUCUCUAGUUUUGGUGCGUGGUAUUUGACCCAGUAAGGAUAGCAAGACAGGGAGAUGAGCAAAUUCAUAAGCAUUUUCUUCCCGGCUUCUAGACAUAGAGUGAAUGGGUGCGGUAUUGCUCCUACGACUAUUUGGCGAUUUUAAAAAAUGAGUUUCACUUCUGUCGCUAGAGUUCCGUUGUAGGAAGCUAGUAGAAGCCAUACAAAUGAAACACUAUGCACGCCUACUCGGAAUCAUAGAAUUGUAGAGUUGGAAAGGAGCCCUGGCUGCCAACCAGCCAGGAAUUAAGGAAAUACAUAUACUGUAUAAUCUGUGGGACAUUCUAGAAGACAUUUGCCCCGGGUUAUAGCUGGAAAUAACUGAUAAACGAGCAACCCAAAUCAAUCCCAACAACCGUAUAGUAUAGCUUCCUGUUUCUUUCCCUGCAGCGCAUGCACACGUACUGAAAGCAGGUGGAGGGAGAGACACAAAAGUGACCUCAGAAGAGAAUGAGGGGUAUAGAGCUGUGCACGAACCCCUCGACUUUGAAAUGCACAGGGGUAUUUGGUUGUUUUGCACGGCGCACUUUCGUACCUAGGGGUUUGCCACUGCAUACACUUUUGCGGGAUAACUGCAGCUAAUGUGGUAGCUCCUGCCCACGUUGUCUGCCUGCGUUUUCACAUUAGCGUGCGACACCUUCCGUUUCUGUUUCUACAGUCGGCCCGCCCCACCCCCCGUGGUGGCGACCUUUUUAGCAGCCUUUUGAAAGGAGCUUAAGGGCUGAUAUACCGCUUUCUAUUUCGCCUGUUUUCAUUCACAGACUUGUUGAACAUGGUGCGGCGGAGUGGCGACCCCGAGAAAGUGCUUUCCACUCCCCUGUGCCUGCAGGCUGUAGCAAGAACGCUACCGGUAGGUGCGCAUUCUCGGGAUCGCAGCCUUUCCCUGGUACCAAGUCUGUCCUUCUCCACUGACUGGCAGCCGCCGCCGCCGGGACCGCUUUGCGCGGCAAACGACCGACCAAAUGCUGCCGGGGGAGAGAGAGAAACGCAUAAAAGCACAACGCGGCAAAUCUGGAGUGAAAGCGCGUCUAUAUUUUAGAAUUCCUAGGUUAUGCAGAUAGGUUAUGUCCUUUCUCUUGGCAGAUCAAGAUGAGCAGGUGACAGCAAAAGUUGCAUAGGAUCCUCUAUUUGACUAUUGAUUCAAAACCCUAAAAUGUAUUUUAUAUAAUUGACCUUUUAUUUCUAUUCUUUGUACAACUUUUUGUUGUUUUAUUGCUAUGAUGGCUGACGCAAAUAAAGAUUCAUUCAUUCCCAACGCGGCAUCUUCACGCGCUGCUCCGCAAUCGUGACUGGCGCGGGGAACGGUCCUGCCGCCUGGCUGGACCCUAGGCGGUGCCCUUCGAAGGGACAGCAGGAAAAGCAACUGGCGGCGUCGGCGUCGGCUCCGAAGCGCCCGAAAAAGCGCGAAAGCGAGCUCGCUUUUCCUCGCACAAGAGCCAGUCUACAAUUGCUCGGUGUUGUGGGUUCGCGGACAGGAAAUGUCUGGACCGUUUCAAGAUAUGUCUCAGGGUCAGGGAGCAGGUGACACCUCUAUUAAUAUGACAGACCACCUCGAAGAAAUGGACACGUCGGACACCCAGUGGGGUUGGUUUUACUUGGCUGAAUGUGGCAAAUGGCAUAUGUUUGAGACUGAUUCUACUAGCCAGUGUUCACUUAGCAGUGAAGACAUUGAAGGGAUGUUCAAAAUUAAUCCACAAGGCUCCAUUUCUUUUACAACUGCAAAAUUCGACUACGUGCUGGACUUUUCAGGGAUGAAACAAACUAACCAAACAACUGGAAAAGAACGUCCCAUAAAAAGAGCUCCAUUUUCUAUCACUGCCUUCAGUUUCAUCUGUGAAAAUCAGUCUAUCCCCAUGCCUUCACACUGGGAGAAUGUAAAUUCAGAAGAGCCAUACCAGCUAAUUACUUUGCAUAAGCUGACAAAUGAAUAUAAGGAUGUUGCUAGUCAGUUUGGAAAAACAAUGGAUAGUAAUCGGAUUAGAAGAAUUCAGAGAAUUCAGAAUCUAGACUUGUGGGAAUUCUUUUGCAGGAAAAAAGCUCAGCUAAAGAAGAAAAGAGGUGUCCCCAUCAUUAAUGAACAUAUGUUGUUUCAUGGCACCAACAGUGAAUUCGUGGAAGCCAUCUGCAUUCAUAACUUUGACUGGAGAAUCAACGGCAUGCAUGCUGCCGUAUAUGGAAAAGGGACGUAUUUUGCAAGGGAUGCUUCAUAUUCCAGCCGCUUCUGCAAAGAUGACUUGAAGCAUGGCAGCACAUUACAGAUUCAUGGAGUUGACCUGCAACUUCAGAUGUUUUGGAAGCAUAAAGUGAUGUUUCUUGCUCGUGUAUUGACGGGCGACUAUGUUAACGGGGACUCCAAAUAUGUGAGACCACCUUCAAAAGAUGGGAGCUUUGUGAAUUUAUAUGACAGCUGUGUAGACAGCACCUGGAACCCAAGGAUUUUUGUCAUCUUUGAUGCCAACCAGAUCUAUCCAGAAUAUUUAAUAGAGUUCAGCUGACUGAGCUGAGUGGGAGUAUUUAAUUUGUUUGCUAAAGAAAAUAAAACUUACUUUGUGGAUAAGUGUUUGGCAGAAUGGAAGUAUGAAGCUUGACUAACUUCAAAUUUCAGGUCAUUUAAAUUUCAAAUCCUACAACGCUUCAUAAGCACGGUUACUAAUCAUGCUACAUUAUAUAUGGCCAUUAAUCUUGGAACUUGGGCCAAAUAGGAUUUGGAAAUAUCAGGGCAACAAUUAGUUCGGCUUGCUUACUUCACAAUCGGUCACCUGUCAAAAUUGGCUGCAUCAUAGAAUUAAAGUAACCGGCAGAGCUGGGUGGUUCUUCAGUAGGAUUGUAACAUCUAACUUAAAUUUAUCCCUGUGAUAAGAUGAUCAGCCGUUGUGGCUAAAAGUGAGAUAUACUGCCCAUAUCCAAAUGGACAUUUUAAAAAAUGGGAAUUAGGUUUGGCAUGUUAUAAAUCCUGCAGCUUUCCUACAGCCACCAGUUCAAAGUGUUGGUGCUGACCUUUAAAGCCCUAACGCCCUCGGCCCAGUAUACCUGAAGGAGCAUCUCCACCCCCAUCGUUCUGCCCGGACACUGAGGUCCAGUGCCGAGGGCCUUCUGGGAGUUCCCUCGCUGCAAGAAGUGAGGUUACAGGGAACCAGGCAGAGGGCCUUCUCGGUGGUGGCGCCCGCCCUGUGGAACGCCCUCCCAUUAGAUGUCAAGGAAAUAAACAACUAUAUGACUUUUAGAAGACAUCUGAAGUCAGCCCUAUUUAGGGAAGCUUUUAAUAUUUGAUGUUUUACUGUGUUUUUAAUUACAGGUAGGUAGCCGUGUUGGUCUGGGUCGAAGUAAAAUAAAAAAAUUCCUUCAGUAGCACCUUAAAGACCAACUAAGUUUUUAUUUUGGUAUGAGCUUUCGUGUGCAUGCACA